AUGCCUCCUGAGUAUACAGCUUCUUCGAGUGGCAACAAUAAACGCCUCGCCGGAACCGCCACUCAGUUCUUCUUUGCGGCCCAGAUUGGAUUCUCUCAGAUUCUCAUGAACAACGACCGUCUAUCAAAAAUCGUUGAUGACCAGGCCGUGGAGAUUGCCAAGCUGAAGAAGAGUUCGAGUGAGGGGAGAGAAGCAUUGAUGGGGGAGAUUCGUCCACUGAUGGAGUGGGAGACCGUUCGUGCUGAAGCCGGCCCAGCAUACUUUGAGUCCGUCGAGUUUCAAGCAAUUGACAAUGAAAAGUACAAAACCAUUGUUGGCAAUGCGGUCGCUGCCAUUCGACAUUGGUUUCAUAUGGACCAACCGGAGGCGGUUUGGAGUACCGACGAGAUCUGGGAUGCGGUCGGCGCGUGGACGGACGCGGACGUGAAUUCUGAAAAUGAGGAAGAAGAAGGUUCCCCGGGUGGUGAUGCUGGGGGCGAUGGUGGUUCCCGCAAUCUGUGA